GACUUCCUUUCUUCACAUAUAGCUUAAUCGUCUUCAUCAAUGGAGGACCGACUGGUACUUUCAACAAAAGCACGAGGCUACUGGAGAUGGAGGAAACAAGACUUCUUCCCGGAACCCUCCUUCCAAGACUUCUCCUCGUACAAAUCCGCUCUCUCCCAAACCUACCCUCGCCUCAAGAAUCGCCUCCUCUCACGCUCAACCGAGACCACUGAGCUCGUCACUCUUCGUAAGGAGAGCGAGAACCCAAUGAAUCGUUGCCUUACCUGGUGGGACCUCAUCUGGCUUAGCUUUGGCUCCGUUGUCGGCUCUGGUAUAUUCGUUAUCACUGGCCAAGAAGCCCGCGACCAUGCUGGCCCCGCAAUUGUACUCUCCUACGCCUUAUCUGGCCUCUCUGCUCUCCUCUCCGUAUUUUGUUAUACUGAGUUCGCCGUUGAAAUGCCGGUGGCCGGUGGUUCCUUCUCCUUCCUACGCGUCGAGCUUGGCGAUUUCAUAGCUUUUAUUGCGGCCGGGAAUAUUUUAUUGGAAGCGAUUGUGGGUGCUGCUGGGUUGGGUCGAUCAUGGUCUUCAUAUUUUGCGAGCAUGAUCAAGACCAGCAACUCUGACUUCUUGCGAAUUAAGGUAAAUUCAUUUGCGGAAGGUUUCAACCUUCUAGAUCCACUGGCAGUGCUUGUUCUUGUAAUUGCUAAUGCUAUAGCCAUAAGUGGAACCAGAAAUAGUUCUGUAUUGAAUUGGGUCAGUUCGAUUGUUAGUGCAAUGGUGAUCGUGUUUGUUGUUGUUUUUGGGUUUUUUCAUGCCAAGACUUCGAAUUUGGUGCCCUUUUUUCCAUAUGGUGCUGAGGGUGUUUUCCAAGCUGCAAGUGUGGUGUAUUGGUCUUAUACAGGCUUUGAUAUGGUAGCUACCAUGGCUGAAGAAACUAAGAAACCAUCUAGGGAUAUACCCAUUGGAUUGGUUGGUUCUAUGUCCGGUAUCACUGUGAUUUAUUGUUUGAUGGCCUUGGCACUGACCAUGAUGGUUAAAUAUACGCAGAUCGAUAGGAAUGCAGCGUAUUCGGUUGCAUUUGCGCAAAUUGGCAUGAAUUGGGCCAAGUAUUUGGUGAGUGUAUGUGCACUCAAGGGAAUGACUACAAGCAUGCUUGUUGGUUCUCUUGGACAAGCUCGAUACACCACUCAAAUUGCUAGAGCUCAUAUGAUUCCUCCAUGGUUUGCUCUGGUUCACCCGAGAACUGGAACCCCUAUCAAUGCUACUCUGUUGGUUACCAUACUUAGCUGUAUUGUAGCGUUCUUCUCUAGUUUGGAUGUAUUGUCCAGUGUUUUGUCGUUUAGCACUCUGUUCAUUUUCAUGCUUAUGGCCGUUGCGUUGCUUGUGAGACGAUAUUACGUUAAGGAUGUUACUGAGAAGAAUGAUUUGAUGAAGUUUUUCGCAUGUUUAUUUGUUGUGGUUGGUUCUUCAAUUGGAGUGACAGUAUUAUGGAAUUUCGACUCGAAAGGAUGGAUUGGGUAUGGUGUGGCUUUGGCGUGUUGGCUCUUUGGGACUUUGGGAAUGACUUUACUCCCAAAACAACGUGUUCCGAAGGUCUGGGGGGUUCCUCUUGUUCCAUGGUUGCCAUGUUUGUCAAUUGGAAUGAAUUUGUUUCUCAUUGGAUCACUGGGUUAUGUGGCAUUCUUGAGAUUCAUUAUUUGCAGCAUUGUCAUGCUUUCAUAUUAUAUAUUGGUUGGUGUCCAUGCGACUUAUGAUGUAGCUCAUCAAAAUCAAGAAGAAUCAAAGUUUGGAGAGAGUACAUAGCCUGCCAAUGAAGAGGAUAUACGGCUGGUUCACUUGUAAGGCAUUCCGCUGAUGAUUUUCACAUUCCUUUAUGUUCCUCAUGGUACUUGGGAUAUUGCUUUGCAAUUCUAUGAAUAUUUGGGUUAAACUGUUUACUUCUGCACAUGGAUUUAUAAUGCUCAAGACUUUCCUUCUUCUAGAAUGAUUGUGUACAAGAAUUUAUUACUCUGGUGUUUGCCAAACAGUCAAUCUGUUAUUGUUCCUACACUAGAAAUCCUUGGAUACACUGCACUAACAACGGCAGUUGCAUAUCUUUGGAAAUGUUUCUCACUCAUUGAAUAAUAUCAACUUGUUGUAUAGGGUA